AUGGUUGGUAUGGGAUACAGACAGAUCAAUGCCGAUCAUAUUGUAUUCUUCAGAAGAAGUGGCGGUCACGUCACUAUGCUGGCAGUGUAUAUGGAUGACAUGAUCAUCACAGGGGAUGAUGAGAAGGAGAUUGCUCAGCUCAAGGUAAGAUUGAGCAAAGAAUUCGAAGUGAAGAAUAUAGGUCAGCUUCGAUACUUUCUUGGGAUAGAGAUAGCUCACGGACCUAAGGGGAUUGUUCUCUCCCAGAGGAAGUAUGCACUGGAUCUUCUUACAGAAACGGGGAUGUUGGGGUGCAAGCCUACUGCUACACCGAUUGAUCAGAGUCUCAGACUGAGUGUUGAAGCAGGAGAACCUGUUGAUCAUGAGAGAUAUCAGAGAUUGGUUAGUAGGCUUAUCUACCUGAGUCACACACGUCCAGACAUCUCAUUUGCUGUAAGCAUGAUGAGCCGCUACAUGCAUGACCCAAAGAAGGGUCAUAUGGAUGCAGUAUACCAGAUAUUGAGAUAUCUGAAGGGUGCCCCUGGCAAAGGACUAAGAUUCAGGAGGAGUGGCCAUGUGAACAUUUAG